AUGCGCCUAUCGAGUCAGUCUUUAUUUCUGUUAUUUGUUGCGAUCAUUGCUCGGAUCUCACUUGUGGCUGCUGAUGCCGUACAAGAUGAUGCUACCCAAUCCAACGCUUUCCGUUUCCUUUUUGCACGUAAAGAAUCAACAACGACAUCGAGUGCAUCAGGUCACAAAGCUACAACCUUGGCUUGUGCGACGAAAACAGUAACCGAUCAUGUUCACCACACCGAGUAUGUCCACAAACAAGUAACGUGCACGCCCACUGUCGUCUUUGUUCCGGCUGAUGCAACUCCAACGCCAUCGUCAGGAGCAGCAGCGGCAGGAGGAGGAAACCAUGGUAGCCAUAGCAAACAUAAAACAACAACAACGACUACAACAACAAAGCAUAAAACAGCAACUAAAACCUCUUCUCACUCGACAAAGUCACCCACACCUACCUCACACCAUGGCUCAUCUUCAUCGCACCACGACCACGACGAUGACAAGAAGCAUGGCAGUGCUGAUCGUUCGCCUGCCUCUUCCCCAACGACAACGAGUAGCGAUGACGACGAUAUAAGUGCAUUCACCGAGACUGGAGCAACGUCAUCUCCUACAGGCUCUAUCGAAGAUCCCAAUUCAGCUUCGAAUGGCGAUGGCAGCUCUACCGAUGGAAGCGCUACGAAUGGCGAUGGUGGUGAUGGCGACAGUGACACGAAUUCAGAUGGCACCACUUCUGGUGAUGCUACCAAUGGUGACUCUGGUGCUGCUUCUUCUUCUGAUGGCAGUAGUAACAAUGAUACCACUGGCGAUGAUACCAGCAAUGGCGAUAUCGAUGGCGGUGAUGAUGUUGAUGGUUCAGCUGAUAAUGGUGCCAAUGGCGACGACAAUGGUGCAUCAUCCUCUACUGACAAUGACGCCAACAAUGCUCCAUCCGCUGACAACAAUGGUCAACCCGACAAUUCGGAUCAAUCCACCAACAGUCCAACAAACCGUGUUAGUGAAACACAAGCUGUACAAGGUAGCAUGGCCAACAAAUCGCUUGGUAUCGGUCUUGGUGUAGGUAUUGGCUGUGUCGCUGCUAUUGGUCUUGCAGGUUUAUUGGUGGCCAACAAACGUCGUCGCAACAAUGCUGCUGCGUCCUCUUCCAAUGAAUACUCGGAUGAGCCUGGUCCUGAUACACGUUGGCGUCCACAGAGCUUCAUGGGUGUUGUUGCAUCGGUGGUAGCCAAAUUGCCACGUUCUACAUCAUUGCGUAGUAUGCGUAGUAUGCGUUCACAAGGACGAUCAACAACAUCACAACAAGAACCAGCUGGUAUGGCUGUUGGUGCCGGUCAUGGAGCUAUUGAAGAUCCUCAGGUAGCUGCUUUGGGUCGUCAUCCUUCCAAUUCUUCGACGCGCUCGGCCGCGUCUCAACCACCCUCUUUGGCACGAGUUCGUGAAGAAGAUAUGCAUGAGGUUGAUUUACGUUAUUGA